GCUUCUCUUCGUCUGGAGAAGUUCUGAUUCUUCUUACUACACUAAAUCUACAGCUUUACAUCUGCUGUCAUGUUUACCUUACUGAUGACAUGCGCAGUUCUGCUCUGUAUUUAUAUCAUCGUGUGUUUAACUGUGUUAAACAUGCCGAGGUGCGAAAGUUCUGCUAAACUACAUGGAAAGACGGUCAUCAUUACUGGUGCUAAUACAGGUAUUGGGAAGGCUACGGCACUGGAGCUUGCGAAAACAGGAGCACGGGUGAUACUGGCAUGCAGGGACAAGCAAAGAGCCGAGGCUGCUGUGAAUGAUAUUAGAAAGGAAAGUGGUAAUAAUGAGGUUGUGUACAUGCAUUUGGAUCUGGCCAGUCUUCAGUCUGUUCGCUCUUUUGCUGAGACCUUUCUCAAGACUGAACGUAGACUGGACAUCCUCAUCAACAAUGCUGGCCUGGUAACACAAGGCAAGACGGAGGAAGGUUUUGGAAUGAUUUUUGGCGUCAAUCACAUUGGUCACUUCCUGUUAACCAUGCUGUUGCUUGAUCGACUGAAAGAGUGCGGGCCCAGUCGUGUGGUGACCGUAGCCUCACGCGCUUAUGAAAUUGGAAACAUCGACUUUGACUGCAUCAAUACCCAUAAAGAUCUGCGCCUGGGGAACUCUUCUAUAGACCUGCUUAGAAUCUACUCACACAGUAAACUCUGCAACGUCCUGUUCACCCACGAGCUGGCCAAGAGGCUGGAGGGCACAAAAGUCACCUGCUACAGUCUGCAUCCAGGUCCUAUAAAAACAGACAUCGGGCGUUAUGCCAGCUUUUGGUGGAAGAUGAUCUUUGUGCCCAUUACAGCACUGUUCUUUGUGGAUGUGGAGUCAGGAGCCCAGACUACCCUCCAUUGUGCAAUCCAGGAGGGCAUUGAGCCUUUAAGUGGACGUUAUUUUUCCGGGUGUGCUGUACAGAAGGUGUAUGCCAAGGCUAGAGAUGAUGCAACAGCCAAGAAGCUUUGGGAAGUAAGCGAACGACUGUGUGGCCUAGCUUAAACUUACAUCAGUAUAAGAAAAUGCUUGGGAAUUCCUUGUAAUGACCAUGAGUUCUGCAUUAAU